AUGAAUUCUUUAAUCCUACUUUCAAUCGCUCUCGCAGUGAUUCUCGGUUUGGCUGCCUUCUUGUUCUUCUACCUCGUCAAAUUUGUUGAUAAGGACGAAGAACUGGUCAUCGAAGGUUUGACCGAGCAAACCAUUAUUCAUGGGCCGAAGGCAGCCGUCCUUCCUAUGCUUCGCAAGUCCAUUGAAGUCCGCAAGGCUGUGUCUCUUGGCGCGAUGGACUAUUGUGUGAUCAAGAACAACUUGACUGGUGCCAAGCGUGUCGAAGUUGGGCCCAAGCUGGUCUUUCGAAAGCCAUACGACGAAAUUCUCAAGAACAAGUUUGGUCUGGAAAAACGCAAGGCAACAUCACUCAAGUCCAACGAGUAUGCUAGACUAGUUGAUGAACAAACUGGAGAGGUUCGGGUGGUUCGUGGUAAACACGGAUGCUUGGUUCCUGGACCAUAUGAAAAAUACAUGGAUGGUGACAAGAUGCAAGCUGUCGACCUUCGCGUGUUUGAAUAUGUCAAGAUUCAAGAUCGAGAAACUGGUACCAUCCGCACCGAACGUGGCGAACAGCUCGUAUUUCUUGGACCCUUUGAAGUGCUCAUGGAAUCCAAGAAGGUUGCCAUUGAAGUCGACGAGUCAACUGCUGUAUUGGUUCGUAACAAGCGCUCAGGUCAAUUGAGUCUAGUUACGGAGAAGAUUCUCUUCGUGCCCUCGAAUGACGAAGAAGUCUUGGAAGUUAGGCAAUUGAUCAAACUUGCCGACUAUGAAGCUUGUAUUGUUCGUGACAAGACCGGAAAGGACAUUUUCUACUUUGGAACUAAUGAAGCUCAAAGAAGCUUCUUCUUGCCCCCUCAUUCCGAGCUCGUCGCUCUCAGGUGGUCUCAAGGACGUCGCCGUGAACGACGAGACCUUAAGAUCACUAAACUCGAUUUGAGACCAAUGUACAUGAGCUUUGAAUUCAAUUGUCGCACUAACGACAAUGUGGAGCUUGUUUUGGAAGGUUCCUUUUUUUGGGAGAUUACUGAUCUUCAAGCCAUGGUCAAGUUCACCAAUGAUACCACAGGUGAUAUUUGCAACCAUGCUCGCUCUAGAUUCAUUGAACUUGUAUCCAAAGUCACUCUUCAAGAAUUUAUGCUCCAAUUCAACAAGAUUGCCGAAGGGGUGCACCAAAACGAUAAUUCCAACUUUUAUGACCAGCGCGGUGUCAAGAUUCAUUCGUUGGAAGUGACCGGCUACCGUUGCGCAGAAAGCUCCACCGCUCUCAUCUUGGAAGAGAUCAUUCAAGAAACCACGAACCGAAUGAACCGUUUGCAGCAGCAAGAAAGUGAGAACGAAAUCCAGUUGAAGCAAAUUCGUGGCGAUAUUGAAGAAGAAAAGGCUCGCGCCGAACUCUUGCAAAUCCAAACCGACAAUAGCAACGCCCGUUCCAAGAUGGAAGGUUUGGCCGAAGCCGAACGAGUCAAGUCCUUCUUGGUAGAUUUGUCCAACACGUUUCCGACUAUGGAUGAGGCCACAAAGAUUGGCAUGUGGAAUACCUUACGUAAGGAAGAUGCCUUGAAGGCUAUUUCCAAUGGCAAUGCCAAGUUGUUCUUUACUCCAAAAGAUGCCAAUUUGAGUAUUGAAUGCCAUGAUCAUUCUUCGGAUUGGGAGGUGACCAAACGUUAA